AUGAAUAAAAUUUCGUAUUAUAAAGUCGAUCUACAUUACUAAAUGCAUUUCUAUCACUGACCUAAAUCGUAGGUAUGUUUUCAUGUUACAACGAUUUAUCAGUAUGAAAUCGCUAGCGUUUAGCAUCGACUGUGUUGCAGAAACGCGAGAUCGUGAGACACGAUAACAUUUACCAAAGCAAAUGUUACAGCAAUUUACCGUGACGUUUCGUUAGCAAUAUUAGCUGGAACCUUUUAUUAAAAUGGCAGCUUGAUAUGUGACACGCGAUUAAUUUUAAUCGUUAUGUUCAAUCUUAACAGCGUAGAUAAUAACGCGUAAUUACGUGGAUUAUUGGAAAGAUUAUUUAAAUUUGUUGUAGAACUUUAAAAUCAUGUAUAGUAAAUGGGAAAACUUGCAUGGAAAAAUGAAGAUAAACUAUCGAAUGACUGGAAAAGUAAAAGAAUAAUUUCUGUAAUAUUACGUAAUAUUGAAUAGAAUAUUUUAAAAUUUGAUAAUAAAUUUACUAAAAAAAUUUGUUUAUCCUUCGAAUUUAAUUUAACAUUUAAUCGAAAGUUUCUUUUACUUUUCCUUAUUCUAAAUUCAAUUGAAUUGAACAAUAUCUAUAGAUAGCUAAUUUACAGAAAGCGAAGGAUUCAUUUACGUAAAAUUAAAAUUUUACAUUUAAACUAUAAAUUUUUUCAUAUCUCCUUUCUAUUCAAUAGAUAUGAACAAGCUCCUAUAUCUAUUUUAUUUAUAUCCAAUUAAAACUUUCAAUAAAAUAUUGCAUAUAUAAUUACUUCACGUGUCACAGCACAAUUACGAUAUAAUAUCUUUUAAUGUGUGUAAUGUUAUGGAGAAAUUCGAUUUUUCUGGAAAGAAAAAUGCGUCAAAAUUAUUUUUCUAUAGCUCUGUUAUUUUUUCCUUCUUACUCUAUUCUAAUAUUAAAAAUGAAAUUUAUAGGAUAUCAACUUGAUUAUAUAGCCAGCUAUAUAAAUGAAAGAUAGUUUCAAUUAUCUAAUGAUAAAUCUCAAAUAUCUCGAAAUAGUAUUCUAAAUGAUUUCUUGUACAUCUUGUAGUCUAAAUGAAUUAGCAGAAUAGCUAGAACAAGAAUCGAAAAGCAGAAUAGAUAGAACAAAAGACGACAGAGAGAACUUUUUAAAAUGAUUAAAUUGAUUAAAAUCGACCUUACGACUAGCCACCAAAUGAAAGAACAGAAAAUAAAUGAUUUGAUCGAUUAGAAGAUAAUCAUAUCGCAUUAAAACGAAAAUAUCGAGCAACGUCAAUAUGUAUAAUGAAACUUCCUGCUAACGAUUGUGGUUGAAGCAAACGUCGUUAAAGCAAGAGCAAACCUUACCAUUGUCGUUCUUCGAGCAAAACAGUCCAAGAAACAUUUUCUUCAUGAGAAAGAUACUACUACUCGUGAUGAUUCACGAAUUACUUAGACCUGUUCGAUCAGUGAACGGUGUGAUAUGGGACAAGAAACUACAGGAUUUUGUACCGAUUUUCAGUAUCCCAGCUUUCGCAGCUGUAAACAACGAACUGCUGAGCCAAAGUCGAGGAGAGGAAAUAUACGAUUUCCAAGGAAGAAUCGUUAGGUUCUCUUAUUACGAGGAAAAGAACCUUAUCAAUAGCAUAGGUAAUGGAACACGAAUCACCGGAAUUAUAGGCGAGAUCUGGAAUAUUUUGUCCGAAUAUUUAAAUUUCACAAUAAAACCGAUUCUGACGAACGAGAAGAGUACAGGAGCGUCAGAUCCUGAUGGCAUAUUUAGAACUGGUUUAUUAAAGUAUAUUGCAGAUAAUGAAACAGAUGUAAUAUCGAGGAUGGAAGCUCAUUCCAAGAGAUUGACUAUUACCCAGAUGACGAUGCCUUUAUGGAAAGCCGAAUAUCGGCUAUAUAUUGAACGAGAAGUAAGACACGUACCUACUUGGAUGGUGAAAUUAUUCUCCAAAAGAGUUUGGCAAGCAGUUCUGAUAACAUACCUUUUAUUGAGCAUGUGCAGCUAUCUUUCUCACAAGGUCGAGACGAAAAUCAUGCUUAAGAAGUUGCAGACUGGCUUGAACGAUCAUUUUUUCUAUAACUUUGGCAUGAUCUGUGGACAAAGCUUCUUUCCAUCUUCUUCGACCAGAAGCUCAAGGAUAAUAGAAUUAUGGUUGGGUUUAUUUUCUUGUUUGAUCAGAACCGCUUUCAGUGCCCUUUUAAUAGGCUAUAUGACGCAAACUACCUUCACACCUCCUUUCAAAGACAUAGAAUCUCUUUUGGAUAAUACUUCGUACAAAAUUUUAACUUUAAAUGGUUCUAUACCAAAUAUUAUUAUCGAGCGAGGAACAUCGCCUACAUACAAAAAAGUUCUUGACAUGAAACGAUAUGUUGUUAUGAAUACAAUUGAGGAGAUGUAUACAAAAAUAUGUACAUCCAAUAAUCCAUACACAAUAUUCGAAAGUGAAGAUUUAAAAAAAGCUAGAGGAAUGUACUUCUGUCGAUUAAAUCCCGUAGGAAUUCCUUUAUUUUAUUCGUGGAUAGUUCCCGGAAUUUCGAAGACUUUUACACAUAGAAGGUCUAUUGAUAUCGGAAUGUUGAAAUUAUAUGAAGUUGGCUUUAUCAAACUACUGAAACAUCGCUGGAUAGAGUCAAAGAACGUUGAAAAAGAGUCACUAAAUGUGACAGAACCAAUUAUCUUAGAACAAGUGUAUUUAACAUUAAUGAUAUUCAUCGGUGGCCUUCUAAUAUCAUUCAUAAUUCUUUUGUUUGAAAAUAUAAUAUUUUACUGCAAAAUUAAGAAAAUAUCCUAAGA